AUGGCUACUUUUGAACCCAAGUUCAACAAUGAAGUUCAGCAGAUGAUGUUCGUCGCCGGUGAGACGCAGGAUAUCGCCAACGAAACCGCCGCCCUUGUCGAGCAGAUUGUGCGAGAUCAAAUCAUCCAUCUGUUGACCAAGGCGAAAGAGCUCGCCACCCGGCGCGGUGAGAAGUUCAUCGCGGUAAAGGACAUCCUCUUUCAGGUUCGGCAUGAUACCGCCCGGAUGACUCGUCUUCAGAAUGUCAUCAGGUGGAAAAGACUUCGCAAGGAAGCGAAAAAGACAACAGAUGAAAAGGACAAGCCUGAGAACGAUGCCGAAGAUAGUCUCUCUGACACCGACAACGCUGCUGAAGACACUGCCAAGAAGACUGUUGAGCCCUCGGCUGCUCUCAUGCCGUGGGACGAGGAGUUCAUGUUCGGCAUUCGACCACCCGACGGAGACGCUGAUGCCGUCCAGAUCAGCGAACACACCCGCGAGAGACUUAUCUGGGCCGACGAGGUAACCAGCAAGAUGUCGAAGGAAGAGUACAACAAAUGGUGCUCCUACCGCAAGGCUUCAUUCCACCGUGCCAAAGAAGCCAAGUUCCGAGAGUGGGCCUGCAUCGGAGUCGUCGCGGAUCUCAGAAAGAAGGACGACGCGGUUGAGAUUCUGGGCUCUAUUGCCGUGGAAAUGGUUAAGCGCCUGACCGAUAUCGCCUUGUCCAUUCAAGCCCAGGAACUGACGACCAAGGGGGGCAACGACGAGGUGGCUGCAGCUAUACAGGCUAGAAGGCAGGGACUGUUCAUCAUGUCGAACCCGCAGCGACCGGCUAUUGAUGUUGGACACAUUCGAAAGGCGUUUGAGCAGACACAAAUGAAGCCGAAGCGACGUGGGUAUCAGCUGAACCGGGUUGUUGGGCCAAAGCCUUUGGAGCUGAUCUAG